AGAUCCAGAUACCAGAUGGCUGCUGAGCUGAGCGACAGUCCGGCUCCGGUUCCCGGGUCUCUCUCCCCCGAUAGCUUCGCCGGCGCUCAAGGAAAUCCGCGACACAUUUUGUCAGCAGCCACCGAGCAUGGGUCCCUUUGGUAAUAGAAUAGCCAAUGUAAUUUGACACUUCAACUUACUGCGCUCUCUCCGAGUCUAUUCAGUUACUCACCCACUGACGCUGAGCCCAUUCUCAGUGGCCGUGAGGGGGGAAGAUAUUUAAAAACAAGACGCCGAAUAUUUUGUACCGAGGACUUUCUCCGCUUCAUAGCCCGGGGCAGAAGACGUGAGGCGCUGGAGUGUUUCUCCUCCUGGUGUGUGAAUGGGUGGGGGGGUCUGCAGAGGCGACAAAUCAAGGAUUGAAAACAACACAGAACUCUCCAGUUUAAUGGCUGGCAGGUAGAGGCCAAAGAGGGACAAUCAACAUGAACUCGAUUCCGUCGAUGGACAGACACAUACAGCAGACCAAUGACCGUCUGCAGUGUAUCAAACAGCACUUACAAAAUCCAGCAAAUUUUCAAACAGCAGCGACCGAGCUGCUGGACUGGUGCGGCGACCCCCGAGCCUUCCAGCGCCCCUUCGAGCAAAGCCUGAUGGGAUGCCUAACGGUGGUCAGCCGCGUAGCAGCGCAGCAGGGCUUCGACUUGGACCUGGGCUACCGGCUCCUGGCCGUGUGCGCUGCCAACAGGGACAAGUUCACUCCAAAAUCAGCAGAAACCAACUGCUGCAGGAGGUGUCAGUCUGACUCAGCCCUUCUGUCCUCGUGGUGCGAGGAGCUGGGACGCCUCCUCCUUCUCCGUCACCAGAAGAACAGGCAGAACGAGCCUCCGGGAAAAGUGCCCAUGCAGCCUCCCAUGAGCUCCAUGAAGCCCAGCCUCUCACACGGAGAUGGGUCUUUUCCCUACGACUCGGUUCCCUGGCAACAAAACACCAAUCAGCCUCCAGGUUCAGUGUCUGUGGUGACCACCGUCUGGGGCGUGACCAACACUUCACAGAGCCAGGUGUUGGGGAAUCCCAUGGCCAACAACAGCAAUCCCAUGAACCCUGGAGGUAACCCCAUGGGCUCGGGUAUGGCUGGUAACAAUCCAGGCAUGAACUCUCCUCAGUUCCCCGGUGGUCCACAGCAGCAGUUUCCCAACAAAGGCAACUCCAACCAGGGCUACAUGCAGCAGGGCAUGUACGGACGACCCAACUACCCUGGAGGAGGAGGUUUUGGUGGCAAUUACCCAGGAGGGCCGAAUGCUGGACCUGGUGGAAUGGGCAUCCCUCCACACUCCCGUCCUCCGUCAGACUUCACUCAACCUGCCGCUGCUGCCGCUGCCGCUGCAGUCGCUGCUGCUGCCGCCACGGCAACUGCCACCGCCACGGCAACUGUAGCUGCCCUGCAGGAAACCCAGAACAAGGACAUGAACCAAUACGGACCGAUGAGUUCCUCUUUCCAGAUGGGACCAAACCAGGCGUACAACAGCCAGUUCAUGAACCAGCCAGGACCCCGCGGCCCUCCAUCCCUCCCUGGAAACAUGGGCACAGGCAUGAACGCGUCCAACAUGAGCGGACCCCCGAUGGGAAUGAACCAACCCAGGGGCCAAGGCAUGGGUCCUUUCGGGGCCCACGGCCAAAGGAUGCCCCAGCAAGGCUAUGCGGGUCCCCGGCCUCAGGGCAUGGGUAUGCAGGCCAUGAAAAGACCGUACCCUGGGGAGCCAAACUAUGGUGGGCAGCAGUAUGGACCAAACAACCAGUUCCCCAACCAGCAGGGGCAGUACCCCACGCCCAACGCCUCCAGGCCGCUGCCAUCUCCAAAUUACCCCGGCCAGAGGAUGCCAGGACAGCAGCUACAGGGCCAGUAUCCACCGCCCAGUGGCGCCAUGGGCCAGUACUAUAAGCAAGAGCCACCUUUCAAUGGCCAAACAAACAACUUCUCUGGGAGUGGAUAUCAGUACAACCAGGGGAAUAUGAAUGGGCCCCCCAGGCCAGUGGGUAACUACCCACACUCCCCAGUACCAGGCAACCCCACCCCUCCAAUGACCCCCGGCAGUAGCAUCCCUCCAUACCUGUCGCCAAACCAGGAUGUGAAGCCGCCGUUCCCUCCUGACAUCAAACCAAAUAUCACUGCUCUCCCUCCACCUCCAGCCAACCACAACGAGGAGCUGCGCCUGACGUUCCCAGUGCGAGAUGGAGUCGUCCUGGAGCCCUUCAGGCUAGAGCAUAACCUGGCUGUCAGCAACCAUGUCUUCCACUUACGGCCCUCAGUACACCAGACACUCAUGUGGAGAUCAGACCUGGAGCUGCAGUUUAAGUGCUACCACCACGAAGACCGUCAGAUGAACACCAACUGGCCGGCAUCGGUCCAAGUCAGCGUCAACGCCACGCCACUCACCAUCGAGCGGGGCGACAAUAAGACCUCCCACAAACCCCUGCACUUGAAACACGUAUGCCAGCCAGGCAGGAACACGAUCCAGAUCACAGUCACUGCCUGCUGCUGUUCGCACUUGUUCGUGCUGCAGCUGGUCCACAGGCCGUCGGUCCGCUCUGUCCUCCAGGGUUUGCUAAAGAAGAGGCUUCUGCCUGCAGAGCACUGCAUCACCAAAGUUAAGAGGAACUUCAGCAGCGUAGCGGCGUCAUCGGGCAACGCCACGCUCAAUGGAGAGGACGGCGUGGAGCAGACGGCCAUCAAGGUUUCCCUCAAAUGUCCAAUCACCUUCCGGCGAAUACAGCUGCCAGCGAGAGGACACGACUGCAAACAUGUUCAGUGUUUUGAUUUGGAAUCUUAUUUACAACUGAAUUGUGAGCGGGGGACAUGGCGAUGUCCUGUAUGCAAUAAAACAGCAUUACUAGAAGGACUGGAAGUGGACCAGUACAUGUGGGGAAUCCUGAACGCCAUUCAAAACUCGGAGUUUGAGGAGGUGACGAUUGACCCGACAUGUAGUUGGCGACCGGUGGCUAUUAAGUCUGAUAUCCAUAUCAAGGAGGAUCCAGACGCACCGCUGGCUAAGAGGUUUAAGACGAUGAGUCCCAGUCAGAUGAUCAUGCCCAACGUGAUGGAGAUGAUAGCUCAGCUCGGCCCUGGACCGUCACCGUACCCGUCAUUACCUUCUGGGCAAGGGGGCAACAACAGCGAAUACGGUAACCAAGGGAACAGUUACCAGGGGCACGGGAACUUUGACUUCCCUCACGGCACCCCUGGUGGUACGUCGAUGAAUGAUUUCAUGCACGGUCCUCAGCUGUCUCACCCGCCUGACAUGCCCAACAGCCUGAUGGCACAAGACAAGCCACUGUCCCACAACAUGCCCGACUCAAUACCUCAUUCUGCCAGCAAUGACCAGUCACACGGUCCGUUGCAGCAGAGUUUACAUGCGCCUCCACACCCUGGGAGCCAAUCAGGGCAGCAGCUACACCACAGCGGGCCUCCUCAGCCCUCGCGACAAGCUCCACCUCCUCAGCAACAGCAGCAGCAGCAGCAACAGCAGCAGCAGCCGGGCCCCAACAACCAUCCACACAGCGACCUGACCUUCAACCCCUCCAGCAGUUUGGACAGCCAAGCAGGGUCGGACAUGCCCGAGCCAUCUUUAGACCUUCUUCCAGAGCUCGCUAACCCAGAUGAACUGUUGUCGUACCUGGACCCCCCAGACCUCCCCAGCAAUAGCAACGAUGACCUACUAUCGCUCUUCGAGAACAACUGAGGCGAUUCAGACACACAUAAACUUUUCUGACUGCCUGCAGUUUCCCUGAGAACCCCCAGCGGUCGCUCAGUACUUGAUAAACACAAAGAUGCACUCCCUUUCUCUUCUUCCUCUUGUACAAUUUUCAUUCGCCAGCGCAGAUUGACUGAAAGAGGUUAAAACCCGAAGACACGGCGGGAUGUGGGGAGGGAUGUCGCCCUGCCCUCCCACCCCCGUGGUGAUACCUUUGAACUGUGCAGCUAUACCCAGUUGAUUUUUUUUUUACGCCACACAUGUACGUGUGCUCAUUAGGAAAGUGUUGUAGCAUUUUUUUAAUUCACGUUUUGUUUCCUUUUGAGAAGACAAAAAAAAAAGGAAUUCACUGUAUAAGAAAAGAAAAAUAACUGAAAAAAACCUGCGCUAUCUGGCCAGUGUGUUCUUGUUAUUCCAAUCUGAGAGGCCACAACUUCCUGGUGUCACAGCUCCAUUCCCUGACUGGUCCGGUUGGUCGCACUGUUUUGUCCACCACACAUCAUUUAAAAGCACAAGAGAUUCUGGCAAUGCAAAAACGAAAAAAGUCGGUCUUUACACAAGAAAAAAACAGAUCAGUUAAGUCACUGUAUGUCUGUCUUUGACAGUGUUUUUUUAAAGGAAAAUUUUAAAAAGUUUUUGGGAAUGAUCGGCUUCUACUUUGUCUACAAUUGUGCUAAAUACAUAUUUUUGUCAAAGGUUCUCAUCUUAACAGAUCUUGGCCCUACAACAACAAAAAUUUCUAUUGCACACAAAGACUAGCAUAUCUGUUCUUCAGCAUAUUGUAUAGUUAUCGACCUCCUGCACAAAGGAGUGGUUUUAGCGGAAAUGAAGGGUACAAUAUGAGAGAUUGGGGUUCCUGUGACGAUCCUGCUGCAUUUUAUUGCUUUUCUGCUCCUUCCAUGCCAUCUGCUCUGCAUGAGCCCUGGUGUCAGCAUUUUUGCAGACUUGCAUCUCUCUCCCUGUUAAAUGAUGUGCUGUUUAGUAGUCUACAAAGUGCAUGUGUGCCAAGCCCUUUGUCUAGUGCUGUUCCAAGUGGUGAAAAAAGAAAAAAAGAUAGUGUGGUUUUUAUCAGUUGCUGUUUCCACAGACCUCGUGUUUGUACAUUUGUUUGUUUUUUGAUUUCUGUCAGAUUUAGUUUGAUUUUAUUUAACACUAACAUUGAAGGGAUAAUGCUGAUAUCGGCAGUACAUUUGUCAUGUAUCUGCUGGAUAUACCGUGUUAUGUUUAUGAUCUUUUAUUUUCUCGUUUUGCUGUUGCUGCAUAAUUAAAAACUAUCCAUAAAUCUUUUUGGGAAACUGCUCAACAUCGCCAAAGUUAGAGGGAUGAGAAUGGAAAAUGUUUGUGUUUGCCUGUAUGCAACUGCGGGUGUGUGUGCUUGUUGAGUGUGCGACUGCGAGUGUGUGCGUGUUUGUAUCGGUGUGAUGGGAGGUAAUAUUGGUUUUGAAGAUAUAAGGGAGGACAGUUUAUCCAUCACUGCUGUUCAAGAAGUGGUUUUCGAAGCAGUAUUGGUGCAGACUUUUUUGCCACAUUUGUUUUCAAUUUCACUUUUUGAAAAGAGUGCUGUUCAGUAUGCAAAUGUAUUAUUUUUUAAGAAAUGCUAUUGUACUGUAAAUAUCAUUGUGAAUAUUUUUGUAUCAUCUUGAUAAUGUUUGUUCUCUGAUCAUUAGUCGUCCAACCUAACCGCAUACGCUCCCAGACUCCCAUCUGACCACUGACUUUAUUUGUAACCAGCACACAACAGCUGUCUUGUCUCGCCGCCUCAUCGUGGGGGGAAACCAGUCCAAAACGUUUCAUAAGCUAUUUCCUGCAGGUCAUCGUGUUUUCUAGUCACUUUCUCCCGGGUGUUUUCGCGCCCGUCGUCCCACUUUCUUUCACGGUUCCCUUCCUUGCAUCCGCUCAAGGUGAUUGUGUAGCAUCAUUUCAGUUUAAAGCAAUACUUUCUUUCGCGCUGAUUGAAAAUGAUCAAUGUUGUUGACUCAUGCAUUUAUGUUAACAUUUUAUCGGUGAUGCUGAACAGUAAUGUCUUUUUUGUUUGUUUUUUUAAGAAAUGUGGUAUCAGCUGGCUUUCAGUGUAAUUAGUGAGCUAUGUGAAUAUCAUUAAUUGUUGCUAAUUGUCGAUACAUGGUGGUAUUUUGAAGAUAUAUCACAACCAUAUUUUAAAGAAAUUCACAAUAUUGUUUAUAUUUUUGUUAUAGAAAAUGUGGCUUUUUUAAAAAAAAAAGCAUGAGACCAUAUACAUUUUUAUCCCCUUUUGUUGUUUUGGUAAAUUAUUUUGUACUGGUUUUUCUUAUUAAUCUGUAAGGCUAGAAAUCCAAUUUCUUUCGAUUGUAGCAUUGUGUUGAAUUAACCACCCUGAUUUUUAUGUCAACAUUUUAAACGUCAUUUAAGGAAUCUUAUUUGUUCCUGUUCAGAGCACUGACAUGUUUCAUAUUUAAAGAGACAUCCAAUCAAAAAAAAAAAAAAAAAAGAAAAACAUCCAUCUUUUAACAAUCCACUGCCACCUUUUCAUUCUUUGCUUUUCUGAAUCGAAACUUUCAAACAAUCCCAUGGAAGUCGUUAUCAUUUCAUAUUUUAUUCUUGCUUUUCAAGUGAGCCAAUUUGGUGUAUGAGGCAGCACCCCGAAUCUGUAGUUGCACAAUCACAAUAAAGGGCCAUUUCUCCGGGGGAUGUUGUUUUAAAAAAUGGUAAAUAAUGAUUUAAAAAAGAAAAAAAAAAGACAGAGAGGAAGGGCACGUUCAUUAGUCUGGCCUGGAAAGGAUGCUGAGGGUAAGACUAGGUCAAACGUCCUGAGGAUGCCUGUAUAUAUGUAAAUUAAUAUAGAGACAUGUGAACAGAAAUGUAUUCAUUUUCCCUGGGAAUGUGCAUUGUUUCUUCAGAAUAAUAAAAAGCUUGCAACCCCUCUACUGGAAGUGGCUGAAUAUGGAAAAAUGAAACUUGUUAGUUAGUGUCUGUGGGUAUCUCUCAGCAUUUUGUUCCCCCUCUGUAAUAUGCUUUCACCUCUUUUGUUAGAGGAACUGGGACAGCUAUGUUUUACAUGUAAUAUUUAGCCUAAGUGUUCUAGUCUGUCACCUGCAUACUCCAAGGUGCUAAAGCUAAAAAAAAAAACAAAAAAAACAAGGUUACAAAGAAAAUCGCUUGGAGGUGAGGGAGGAAGGGCAGUGGGAGGGACGGGUCCUUGAAGAUUGUAACCAAAUCCAUAGUUUGUACAAUUUUUUGAUAUCAUGAACAGUUGGAAAAAUGAUACAAUCUAAGGUGAUUCAUGCAAAUGUGGCCAUUGUCUCUAUGUUUGUACAUUGUAUGUACAAUCAUUUCAUAUUCUAAACUGGUCAGAAAAUAAAGGAACUAAUUGUGAUUUUUAGUCUUGCAGAACUGUAUGUAGUUAGAUGAUGUGACAACCUAAUAUUUAUCUAAUAAAUAUGUAUUCAGAUGAUACCAGUA